AUGCAGGUUUUCAUAAGGACGCAGAAGAACAUCCUGAUUGAAGUGAACCCCAAAACCCGGAUUCCACGGACUUUCGACCGGUUUUGUGGAUUGAUGGUGCAAUUACUACACAAGCUCUCCGUGCAUGCGUCUGAGGGCAAUCACGAGAAGCUCCUGAAAGUGGUGAAAAAUCCGGUGACUCGUUACUUCCCAGCUGGCAGUCUGAGAGUAGGAAUGUCGUUCUCAGCCGAGAGGAUCGUCGCUCCCAGGGACAUUCCGGCGAUGGCUGAGAAGAGUCCAUCAGACGCCAUAGUGGUUGUCAUCGGCGCAAUGGCCCACGGUUCGGUGGUGUCGACUGCGGGAGAUUUUCUGGAUGAAGUUGUCUCAAUCAGUCGUUUUCCUCUGUCUGGCGCACAGGCUUGUGCUAGAAUUUGCACAGCUUUCGAAGAGGCCUGGGAAGUAGAGAAUGCUAACUCCGGCGCUGCCGCCUCCGCUCAAAGGUGA